ACUGCUCGAAAGGUGUUCGAUGAAAUGCCCGAAAGGAAUGUGGUUUCGUGGAAUGUUGUGUUAUUGGGGUAUUUGAGGUUUGGGAAUUUGGAAGAGGCUCAGAGGGUGUUUGUUAAGAUUCCUAGUAAGGAUGUUGUUUCAGGGAAUUCGAUGAUUUCGGGUUUGUUUGAAGAGAUGCCUGAGAGGAAUUUGGCUUCUUGGAAUGCUGUGUUGAGUGGUUAUGUGAGUUGUGGGAGUGUUGAGUUAGCAAGAAGCUAUUUUGAUGCAAUGCCUGUUAGAAAUAAUGUUUCUUGGAUUACCAUGAUUUCGGGGUACUCGAAAAGAGGUAUGAUAGCAUGUUAUCAACAAAACAAUCAACCAAAGGAAGCCCUUGAGUUGUUUAAUGGUAUGGUUAAAACAGAUUUCAACAUUCAGCCAGAUGAGAUGACUUUAACUAGUGUUGUAUCUGCUUGUUCACAGCUUGGUUAUCUGGAAAUCGGGUUAUGGAUCGAAUCAUACAUGAAAAAUGGGAUUCAAUUGGAUGAUCACUUGGCGAACUCUUUUAUCGAUUUGCAUGCUAAGUGUGGAAACAUUGAGAAAGCAUUCGAGCUAUUUCGGGGUUUAAGAAACAAAGAUUUGGUUGCUUAUUCUGCAAUGAUAUCGGGCUGUGGUCUGAAUGUUAAAGCAACCGAGGCAAUCGAGUUGUUUGAAGAGAAAAAAGGCUUAGUUGAAGAAGGCUACAAGUGUUUCGAUUCCAUGAAGGAGCAAGGGCUAUUGCCUUCGGUCAAUCAUUAUGGGAUUAUGGUUGAUCUUUUAUGCAGGGGAGGAUUAUUGAAAGAAGCUCAUGAGUUGAUAAAGACUAUGCCAAUGCAGCCUCAUGCCGGGGUUUGGGGAGCAUUGCUUCUCGCGUGUAGAAUACACAAAAAUGUUGAGAUCGGGGAGAUCGCAGCUAGGAAUUGCUUCAAGUUACAGCCUGAGAAGGCGGGCUAUUCUUCUCUGCUCGCCAACAUCUAUGCCUCGGCCGAGCAGUGGAAUGAUGCUGGGAGAUUGAGAAAUGUUUUGGACAGCGAAUUUCGCAGGUGCAGCUGGGUGGAAUCAUGUUAAUUAAACUUGUUUUUUCGAGUUCUAAGAUCAAGCUUGGACCAAGAAAUGGCAACUGAAAACCAAAGUGAUUAUUAUUUGUACUUGUUGGAUUAUUUAUACAAAAUGAUUACACAAUACUUAGUGUAGUUUCUUACAUUGAAAAAAAUAAAAAUUGAAGUAAAAUUUAGGAAAAUGCUUGAACCUUUUCUUCUUCAUUCUUUACUUUAUUUUUUGUUAUAUCUUAUUUAAUCAAUCAUUUAUUUGUUUCACAA